AUGGAUAAGCAAGAGAAGACAGAACUAACUUAUGAAUAUACAAAGCGUCGAAAAUAUUUUGGACAACAAACGUUUUUUGAAGACCAUGGUCCUGAAAUAAUUGUCAACAUACCAUGCAACCCCGCUUUGUACAAAAAUUAUAUUUUACGCAACCCAGUACAUGUGGCCACAGAGAAUACGAAAAGCAUGUCGGAACACUGGGUAAAUUCUGUAAGGGCAGAGUACACAACAUCGGGGAUGAAUCAUGUUGAAGGAGGUUGGCCAAAAGACAUAAAUAUGAACGAUCCAGAAGCUGCCCAGAGAUACAGACGAAAGAUUGAGAAAGAUGACGCUUACAUUCACGCUGUCAUGCAUUUAGGCCAUAGCAUGGAGCACAAUAUCCUUCAGAACAACGCGGUCGAUAUGUAUCAAACAUAUUAUUCAGAACUGCCUUCUAUCCCACCAGUCGAGCGAAGCAGCUGCCAUACAGUUAACGUCUAUAGAGAGCCUGGUUCGCGAAGGCCAGUAAGGUCUCUGUCGUGGCAGGCAGAAGGAGCUCGGCUUGCUUCAGCGCAUGCAGAUAUUGAUUUCAUGAGAAACAGCCGAAGCUUGCAGUUCUCUUACAUUUGGGAUAUAGAAAACGCUAAUGCGCCAGAACUUGUGAUAAAACCACCACAGCCACUUCUAGAUCUCCAAUAUAAUCCACGUGACCAACAUGUUUUAGUUGGUGGUAUGUUAAAUGGGCAAGUAGGCUGUUGGGACAUGCGAAAAGGUGGCGAACCAUUUGGUGUUUGCCCCCCUCAUGUCGCACAUAGAGACCUUGUGAGGAAUGUAUUAUUCGUUCAUUCUAAAACUGGGGCUGAAUUCUUUUCAUCAUCACCUGACGGCGUUGUUAAAUGGUGGGACAUUCGAAAUAUGAAUGAACCAACAGAUUCAAUGAUAAUAGACCUUGUUAGAUUAGCUUCAGAGACCCAAAGCAUCAACAGAGCUCUGGGCAUAUCUGCCCUGGAAUAUGAAUCUACGAUUCCAACAAGAUUCAUGGUUGGAACUGAAUCUGGGCUUGUAAUAGGAGGAAACCGAAAAGGCAAAACGCCAUUAGAAAAGUUGCCUUCGAAGUACGAAGCUCAUUUAGGCCCAGUAUAUGCGCUUCAAAGAAAUCCGACGUUUUUAAAGAAUUUUCUUACCGUUGGGGACUGGACUGCUCGAGUAUGGAGUGAAGAUUGUCGUGAAUCGUCGAUUCUCUGGACGUAUUCACAUCGAACAAAAUUAACAGAUGGCGCUUGGAAUCCUAUCAGAUUCUCGCUAAUGCUAAUAACACAGUGGGACGGCUGUCUAUCAUGUUGGGAUUUAUUACGUCGUAGAAGCGCACCUAUAGUUACAGCACAGCUUUGUGAUGAACCAUUACUAAAAGUACGGCCUCAUGAGGGGGGUCAGUUAGUCGCAUGUGGGAGCAGUAAGGGAACAAUUUACUUGGCAGAACUUUCGGAAAACCUUGGCACGGCUGACAAAAACGACAAACAACUGUUGACUCAUAUUUUAGAGCGAGAAAACAAACGUGAGCGUAUACUCGAGGCACGUAUGCGCGAAUUACGGCUUAAAAUGCGUCAAGAUCGGGACGGAAACCAGCCACCAGCUGAAGUUGAUCCGGGCGUUAAUGACAGGGAUCUAGAAGAGGCAACUGCCGAGUAUAUGCAAAUGGUAAAUGAACUACAAGCUCAACAGAAAAGCCUAUAA